CAGAGAACCUUAUUCUAUGACAUUGGGUAUCACAAAACAAAACACACUUAAAAACUAUAAAGACAUAGAGAUAGUUUAAUGUAUACACAUAAUUAUGAUCUGGGGUGCUGAAGGUUUGAUCAAUUGAUCCACAGAAAGUUUUGACGGUACGUUUCUUGAUCUGUGUUUGAUUAUCUCAUUAAUCUUGUCUAGUUUGAUCUGUGUUUUGCCCCUGUUGUUUUCUUGAUUUAGGAUUACAAGAAUUUGAUGUUAUGCAAGAUGGGUCAGCAGCAGAAAUCUCUCAAAUUAAUGAAAAACAAUGAUGUUAUUUCGGAACUCCCUGAUGACAUUGUUUCCCAGUUUAUAUCAUUGUUGUCGUUUAAGGAGGCAGUGAGGACUAGUAUUGUGUCGAAAAGUUGGAUGUUGAUAUGGACUACGCACAAGGACAUUGUUUGUGAUGUUUCGAAUAUACUUGAGUCCUUGUCAGAGGAGUCUAGAGAUGUGUAUUUUCUUGUGAGGCAGGAUCAUAGGGAUAAGUUUGUGGAGCGGGUUGAUCACAUUAUGCAGCGGCGUUGCAAGGGUCCGAAGAUGAAUUCUAUUGUUAUUAGCUUUCCUCUUUCGAAUGAACAUGAAUCUCAUAUUACUAAUUGGAUUAGUAGAGCGGUUAUGAUGGGAGUUGAGAAAAUCAGUCUUGAUUUAACGGGAGGUUUUGGUUUUGUCACUUCAGAUGUACCAAGGGCAUACUCAUUUCCUUUAGCCGUUCUUAUUUCUCCUGGAAAAGCAUGUUCCGUUAAGCAUUUACAGUUGGCAUCGUGUAGUCUUGACUCUCUUUCUAUUUCAAAUAGUCUUGCUUCUCUUGUCACAUUGGAAUUGCAAAACGUAAAUCUCACUGAUCAACAGUUGGAUAUUAUGCUAUGCAAUUGUUCGUUUCUCGAGAAAUUGGUUUUGAAGAGUUGCACUGAAUUGGUCAAUUUUAAGCUAACGAAUAGAAGCUCUAGGUUGAGAUUCUUGUCAAUUAAAAGCUGUUGCAGAUUGAAUUAUUUUGAACUUGAUGCGGAGAAUCUUGAGAUAUUUGAAUACACCGGUCAAAUUGAUCGUUUUAUGUUCAAGCAUGUACCGAAAUUGGCUGAAGUGUAUUUUUGUUUUUGUGGAUCUAGCCGAGUAGAAAGUGCGAUUUAUGCACUGUCCCAACUUGCUAAUGAUAUACCUCAACUGAAGAUUCUGAAUAUGGUUUGGAUACGUGUGAAUUUGGCAUUUCAGUUGCCAGAAGGAGUGCCUACGUUCAUCAACAUUAAGCAUUUGGUACUCACUGUCUUUCCAUUCCUUGAUGAAGACAAGCUCGGGUGGAUAACCUUCAUAUUGAAGGCCGCUCCUUUCUUGAAGAACCUACAAUUAAAUCAAUUCAUCUCAAGCUUCACCAGACAGUCAGAGGUGCAUGAUAGACAGCUACCUGAAGUCACUCAUAUGAAUCUUAGAGAAAUAGAGAUAAAUGGUUAUCAGGGUAACUAUCAUGAAAAGGAGCUCUUAAAGUAUUUGGUUAAUAGUGCAGUUAAGCUUGAUCUCCUUGUGAUUAGUCCACAAGUGAAGGUAUACAAGGGCUUAAACGAUUGGUGUUAUGAAGAUUUGAAUUUGCCUGGCGACAAGUUGAGCUUGGAAAAGAUUGAAGAACUCCAUUCAAUGGUUCCCAAGGCAAUCCGUGUAAGGAUAAUAUAAAUUUUUAAUAUGUCUUUAUGUAUGCGCUUUCAGUGGCAGAUAUAGACUGUCACCAGCUAGCAUAUCAGCCAUGGUGGCUGGUUAGCCUAGUAUAUAAAGAGACCAGUCUUGGUUGUAUUAACAUUAGCGUUACACAACAUUUUUGUAAAUUAGGUAAGAUAUUUUUGUCCCGGCAUUCACUUGGUCGUUGUGAUUACUUUUUCCCUGUGUAAAUAUUGGAUUUGAAAAUUAAUGCAGAACAUCGUGCUUCUCAUCUU